AUGAAUAAAACUUUCCUGCGAAAUCUUUUGAACUUUCAAAACAAUCUUAAAAAAGUAAAGAAGCUGAAACGAAAAGCGAGAAGUGGAAAAGACAUCGUAAUGAAGACAUUUGGGAUGUUAGAUGAAAGAUGCCCUCGAGACAUUGCAAAGACUCGGUUCGAUCAAAAACUACCAGAUUGCUUUGAAAAGCAAAGGGAAGUAUCGAAUGAAAGGAUUUGCAUAGUUUCUCAACUAACUGAACCAUAA